UUCCACUCCUCGCGCAAGUCACCUCAGAUGACUUGUACGUACUGUAUGUACAUCCGUUAGUCUUAGUAGGCUCAUUUUACCUGGUGGCCCUGAGCGGGGAACCUGAGCUUGCGGUAUAAACCCAGCGAAGAGCUACUUUUUCUCGCCCGCUCCCUCCCCUACCGUCCUUUUUUUUUCGAUCUGUACAAUCACUGACAAAAAAUAAAAAUAAAAAUAAACAGUAGUACUCCGUGCGUGGCAUUUAACGAUGUCUUCACUCGUCCAGACCCUGACGGCCUCCGGCGGGCCCGAGUCGCCCGGGUUUCUCAAUGAUCUCGUCAAGCAAUUGUGGCCCAACCUGGCUGUCGCGGUCGCCGACACCAUCAAGCAGAGCGUGGAGCCCAUGCUCGAUUCGAUGCUGCCUUCGCCCCUGGACACGCUACGCUUCGUCAAGAUUGACCUCGGCCAUGUCCCCGUGCACUUGGACAAGGUCGACGUCCACAGCACCGAGAACGGCGGGAUCAAGCUGGACCUGGAUCUCUCGUGGGAUGGUGCCUGCGACAUUGAGUUGGAUGGGAAGAUGACGCCCAAGAUUGGGGUCGAGCACGUCAAGCUGUAUGGCCGGUUGUCUGUUCUGCUGUGCCCCUUGACGAAUGUCCUACCUUGUGUCGGCGCCCUCCAAAUCGCCUUCAUCAACAAGCCGAGUCUGAAGAUGACCUACACCGACGCGGCCGGCAUCGCCAGCCUCGGGGUCAUCGACAAGGCCUUGCGCAAGGUCAUCAUCGACAUCAUCUCCUCUAUGGCCGUGCUGCCGAACCGGUUCCUGGUAAAGCUGGACGCGGCCAACGACUGGUUCAAGACGUACCAGCACCCGCUCGGCGUGCUUCGGCUGACGGUCGAGUCGGGCUCCAACUUGGGCGAGGACGCCGGCGAGACCAAGAACCUCCUCAAGAGGCUGGUCCACGACGUGCCCGACUGCUUCGCCACCGUCAACCUCUCGGCCGAGCCCGAGUGGCGCACCAAGACGGUCAAGAACUCGCGUCACCCGGAAUGGCGCGAGACGCACAACUUCCUCGUGACCGACCACGAGCAGGCGAUCGAGCUGGACGUCAAGGACGAAGACACGGCGAGCGACGACGACAUUGGCAUCGCCACCGCCACGGUCAAGCAGCUCCUCCUCGCCGGCGGCAGGCAGGAGCUGCGGCUGGUGCACAAGGGCGAGGAGACGGCCGGGCGGCUGGCGGUCAGCGCCGAGUUCUACCGGUUCGUGCCCGACCCGGCGAGCCUGUCGGGGUCGGAACCGGAGGCGGUGCUGGGGCUGCUGAGCGUCCUGGUCGCCGCCGUCCGCGGGCUCAAGGGCCGCCGCGAGGAGCUCAAGCCCAGCGUCAGGGUUGACUGGGGCGAGCAGACGUUCCGGACCGCCAUCAAGACGGACGCGCCCGGCACGGACAUCGAGAACCCCUCGUUCGACCAGGCGUUCCAGGUUCCCCUUAAGGCCGGCAUGGUCAACGGUGCGCCGCCGGUGAAGCUCACGCUGAUGAAUGCCGAGCACGAGACCGGCUCGGUCGAGGUGCCACUCGACGAGGUCCUCCGGGCGCCGAGUCUGCGGUUGGAGAAGGUCUUUGGAAUCGGCAAUGGCGUAACGCUAAGCGCGGGAAUCUGGUUGCGUGGCGUGAAGCUUGCCGAGUAAUUACUUAAGCUGAAGUCUAGGGGCCAGACUGGAAACAAAAAAAGCCGUGAAGUCGUCGUGGACGUUACGGUCACUUUCUGCUGAUGCAAGGACGGUGCAUAAUUAGCAGAGUGCCCUUUGGCCAAGAAACGCUCGCCGCCUGACAGACGGAUUCCAGCACCGCAA